CAGCUUCGUAAUCGCAACAAGAAUUGUGUAGAUGUAGAUACUCUUUGUUUUUGGUCCAAUUCAGUUGUCGUUUCGGAGGCCUAGGAUAAUAAAUGCGAGCAAGGAAUUAACUAAAAGCUCCGUUAAUAAAACCACCUGUGGUUUUCGGUUAUUAUCGCAAUACGAUACAAUCAUCAAGUGCAACGCCAACAGUUUAAGCGCGAGUUUAGUUUACCCUUCCACUUCGAAGCUCACACCUUAAAACUUGUUUUGAGUGCCAAGUAGAGCGAGUGUUUGUGCGUUUGUGUAUACCUACAAACAGAUGUAAAAGUCUUCAGAAAUUCCAACACAACUCACAAAUUGCACUGCAGAACUACUUGCAUUGCUAGUUGGAAAUAUUUAAAUGAAAUAAUUUAAUUGCGGAGACUGGUAUCAAUUCACAGCCAUUCAAAAUGGCACUGUGCAGUAUGCCGGGAAAGGGGAACAACCGCGAUCGCAUCCGGGAUCCCCGCGAGGAGAUCCUGCUCGAGACGAACUUUGAGGACGAUGGCGGAGUCCUGACGCGCGCCUACAACGGAAAUCCGUACAAUCCGUCCAUCCAGAACCGCAGGCGCAACUCGUACCGCUCGGAUCACUCCUUGGACAGGUACACAGAGCGCGGAGGCGAAGGAGAAUGCUGCCAAUCAUGCAUGGCGCGUAUACCAUACGCCACUCUGAUAGCCACUCUCAUGUGCCUCCUGGGAGUGGGCAUCUUCUGCUUCACCAUGUACCGAGGGGCCUCACUCACCGUCAUCAUGGUUGACCAGGUCUUUCACCUGCGACUGAUAUGGAUCGAAGCGGUGCAGAUGAUAUUUGUAAUAAUUGGAGCCGGCAUGGCAGCCCUCGGAUUCAUGAUUCUCUUCGUCGGAUUUCUGGCCACCGGUGCCACCAGAUAUAAGGUUUACAGGGCGUGGCGAUCGCGAGUGGGCGGUCGGAUCUCAUGCGCCGUUCUCAUGGGCAUAACCUACCUGCUAAACUUUGUCUGGAGCCUGAUUCUGUGUUUCCUGGUUGUGGUAACCUUUAUUUACACAAUGUUCUGGAACAUGUGCUCGAGUGUGGAGCACUCCCAAAGCUGCAUUGAUUUGACACAAUUCCAUUUUAUGUUUCCACCAAAUACGAAACUCGAGGAUAUGAAGGUCUGCGAAAAGUACGAGAUAAAGGCUUUCUGCAAGGACGGCGUGGAAAACGCAGAGGUCAUGUUCAUAUUGGCCACCCUGUCCACACUUUUGGUGCUGCUCAGUCUGGUGCAUUAUCUGAUGUGCCUGUCCGCCAACUAUGCCCAUAUUCGAGACCACGAAAAGUUCCAGGAGCUGCAGGAGAUCCAAAACCUUAACGAGCUCGAGUACAGUGCCACUUCGAAGGAUCGCUUCUAGGAUAUAUUUCAGAAGAUUCAAUUUGAGCUUAAAGAGAAGUCCAGCGCGAUUUGAGAUGUUCGCGCAUCAUACAACGAACAAUGAACAAAACUCCAUCGAAAACCAACAUGCUUUAGUUAAGAUUUUUCGUUUAGACCUAAGGAUUAAAAUUUUGCUUGUUCAUUUAAUGAGUUAGUGGCUUCAAUUAUUAUUUAUGUUCAAACGCCUUCAGAUAUGUAAGCAGUUUUAUCCAAGUAAACACUGCCAAAUGAAAAUAUCCCACUGAAA